AUAAAACCCAGUCACAUUGGUAUUGGUCGCGUUGUAUUUGAAGUAUUACAGGCAUAUUUUAUACGCAGAUACCUAUAUUCAUUUAAAGAAAAAUGUUAAUUUUGUACAUAAAAACAGGUCAAAAUUCAUAAUAUUAGAAGUUUUUGAUUGCUACAAAAGCAAUUUGUGAAAGUUUAAACGUUAAGCCUCAUCUUUAAAUGAGCAUUGCUAAUAUUUAAGGCUCUUGAAGAGCAGAAAAUGUAAACAUUUCGUGCAAGAUUUCGUGAUUGAAUUCAAGUUUCCAGCGUUGGCCUGUUUUCAUAUUUCGCUAAAAAACGAAAGCCCUGCUGUGAGGUGGAUUCAUCGACCAGCCGUGUUUGGCCAAACGGCGCGGAGCUGCUGAACUGACAACUGCAGGAGGGUCACCGCGCCAGAACGAUGGCGGCACGACUCAUAGAGCAAGCGUUCGACCAGUACAACAAGUCCCGGCUGCAGUUCGUGCAGACGGUGGCCGACCUGGCCUCGCGACCGCAGAACAUGGAGCACCUGCACGACAACAACGUCAUGUCGCUGCUGCAUCCGCUGCUGAUGGACGUGGUGCCGGCCGUGCAGCAGACGGCCGCCCUGGCGCUGGGCAAGCUGGCCAGCUUCAGCCAGCAGCUGGCGCAGACGCUGGUCACCAGCAACAUCCUGCCGCAGCUCAUCUCGCAGGUGCCCGUCCAAAAUCGUUUCUACAAGAAGUCGGCCUGCUUUGUGCUGCGCGCAGUGGCCAAGCACAGUGUCGAACUGGCUCGCACGGUGAUUGAGAGCGGCGGCCUGAACGCGCUGGUCGUCUGCCUGGAGGAGUUUGACCCGAACGUCAAGGAGUCGGCGGCGUGGGCGAUCGGCUAUGUGGCCCGGCACAGCCCCGAACUGGCCCAGAGCGUGGUGGACGCAGGCGCCGUGCCGCUGCUGGUUCUCUGUAUCAAAGAGCCGGAGAUUGGCGUGAAGCGGGUGGCUGCCUCAGCUCUGAGUGACAUCUGCAAACACUCGGAGGAGCUGACCCACGUGGUGGUCGAGAAUGGUGCCAUCUCCAACUUUGCCGCUCUCAUCUCCUCACCAGACACCAAACUCAAGCGUCAGAUUCUAUCUGCCCUCUCCAACAUCGCCAAGCACACGCUGGCACUGGCCGAGCUGGUGGUCGAGGCCGAGAUCUUCCCAGACGUGUUCUCCGGCCUGCAAGACGCCGACGACCUGAUCCGACGUAACACGGCCGGACUCAUCAAGGAGAUUGUGAAGCACACGCCGGAGCUGGCGCAGCUCAUUGUCAAUGCCGGCGGCAUGGCGUCGAUCGUCGACUACCUGGGCCGCUCCGAGGGCCACGUGGCGCUACCGGGCGUCAUGGCACUCGGCUUCACGGCCGCCCACUCACAGCAGCUGGCCAUGUCGGUCAUCGUGUCACGGGGCGUUGUCCAGCUGGCCAUCUGCCUCAAUGAGGAGAAGGACGACCACAUUCGCGGCGCGGCUGUCUGGGCUCUGGGGCAGAUCGGACGCCAUACGCCCGAGCACGCCAAAGCCAUCGCGAUGGCCAACCUCUUUCCGAAACUGCUCGAGUGCUACACGAGUGCCGACAGCAGCGACGAUCUGCAGGAUAAGGCGCGGCGCACGCUCAAAUCCGUGCUGCAGAUGUGCGUCUACAUGCCGGCUCUGGACCCGCUGCUGCACGAGGCGCCGCCCAACAUACUCAAAUACGUCGUCGGACAGUACAGCAAGGUAAGGUGCUGCGGUUUGGAGAGAUGA